CCAUCUUUUAUAGAUAUUACGGUACUGUUUUCUUGUAAUACUGGGACGUACUCAGCCGUUUCACCACUUGUUUUGCUGCACGUUAAAGGCAUGUCCAAUGUCGUAUACGUUUUUUUUUCUAAAUGACCUACCUGGAGCAGGUAGAGUGGGAAAGUUGUUUUGAAACCUUCGCUGGCUGUGCGCAAAGGUAAACUGAACUGAACUGCUAUCCUGGACUGCGCAUCUGUGAUCAGACAGAGUCCACAAUCACCGGGUGCCAGAAAUCACUAACUAACUGAAGGAAAAGAACUGGGUUAGAAAACGUUUCUGCAGUACAAGUGCUAACUAACACUGCCGGUGUGCCAAAACGUUGGGGAUCUACAACGGCGCACCCAUGCGCCGGAUUCUGAGCCCCCUUUCCCCACUGAGGGUCUCGCUGCUCGGGAUCUUAGUUUUUGGAUUCCUGAAACAAGCAAGCUCGGAAGGAGGUUGCGUUUGCUCUGGGAAAUCUCUAUGCCACUGUGAUGGAGUCAAAGGCAGUAAGGGUGAUGUGGGGUAUCCUGGCUAUCAAGGUCUUCCUGGAAUAAUGGGUUACCCAGGAAAUGAAGGCUCUUCAGGACCAAGAGGCCCUAAGGGGGAAAGGGGUUACCCUGGAUUCCCUGGACCCAAAGGAUCACGGGGUCUGUCAGGAAAGCCAGGAUUCUCAGGACCACCGGGACAACCAGGUAUCCCUGGAAAUGAGGGGCCAAUGGGACAACAAGGUAUCCCAGGAUGCAACGGCACUAAGGGUGACAGGGGAUUCCCAGGACCGCCCGGGCUUCCCGGAAGAGACGGAUUUCCAGGUCAGCCAGGACUACCAGGAAUGAAGGGUGACACAUACUACUCUGACUACCCACUAGAAGUGAAAGGACGGCGGGGCUUUCCUGGACGAGAUGGAGAGCCAGGUGCGCCAGGGUCAGCAGGACCACCAGGGCCCCCAGGGCCAAUGGGUCCCCUUGGAAACCCUGGGAAACCUGGUUUUCCAGGGCUACCUGGUGAGAAGGGUCUGGAGGGCCGCAGCACUGGGACUCCUGGACGGAAAGGUGAAAAGGGUAAUCACGGACCUCCUGGUACACCUGGUGUGAAAGGUGUGAAGCUCUAUGCUUCAGGGCCUAAAGAGCUAAAGGGAGAACCAGGAGAUAUUGGGCCACAAGGUUACCCAGGACGGCCUGGGUUCCAGGGAGACCCUGGAUAUCAGGGCGUUAAAGGAGACCAAGGAGAACCUGGCGCUCCGGGAAAACCUGGGAAGGAUGGAACGCCAGGAGCCUAUGGCUUACCGGGGGAGGGAGGCAUGACGGGUCCCCCAGGCCCUCCCGGAAUUGACGGGCCCCCGGGGGAUAAAGGUGAUCUUGGUCCCCCUGGUCCUCCAGGAGAUGUGAUCCAUAUCACCAACAAUAUCAAAGGAAGUCAAGCGUUGCCUGGACCCCCUGGCCCGUCAGGUCCAACCGGACCACAAGGUCCAAUUGGGUUUCCCGGGAUGAAAGGUGAAGCAGCGGAAUCUAUCCCUGGGGCUGAUGGUAAGCCUGGGGGCGAUGGCAUUCCUGGUCAGAAAGGAGAGAAGGGGGAUCCUGGCCCCUCAUAUCCAGGCCCUCCUGGCCCAGACGGACCCCCAGGAGAUCCAGGGCCAACGGGUUUCCCUGGACCAAAAGGAAAAGCAGCAAUGGGUAAAGGAGAGCGGGGACCUCGAGGACUCAAGGGCUAUCAGGGCCCACCAGGACGUAAAGGUGGCAUGGGAUUUCAGGGUGAUAAGGGAGAGAAAUGCACCACCUGCAUUGGACCACCACCUAAAGGAUUCAAGGGUCGGAAAGGAGAUCCCGGUCCACCUGGGCCAAAAGGAGGGCCAGGAUUCACAGGAGUAAAAGGUGAUCUGGGUGUGACUGGUUUGCCUGGUUCCCCUGGGUCACAGGGCUCAACUGGAAACCGUGGUGUGAAGGGUACUCCGGGGCCUAGGGGGAACCCUGGUUACGUAGUGCCACGAAAUGACAAAGGUGAUCCUGGAGACCCUGGACAGCCUGGUCCCCCUGGUCGGGACGGAGCAGAUGGAGGCGCAGGACUCCCUGGUCUAAGAGGUUCGCCAGGACCUAAAGGAGAGCCGAGCUUUGGGGAGAAGGGGAGCCGUGGCACCCCAGGAUCACCUGGGUUUCCAGGCCGACAGGGGCCCGUUGGCACCCAGGGUGCCCUUGGGGUGGGGCCACCUGGCCCUCAGGGACCCAAGGGGAAUGCUGGAGUGCAGGGCUUGCCAGGUCCAGCUGGAGAUGCAGGAGAGAAAGGGGAGCCAGGAGCCAUAUUAACCACACCAGGGGAUAUUGGCCCUCCAGGGAAUAAAGGCCAACCUGGUCAACCAGGGACCCCAGGCAUUCCUGGCAGCACUGGUCUUCCAGGUUUCCCUGGUCUAUUUGGCCCCAAAGGACAAAUGGGUCACUCUAUACAAGGCCCUCCAGGAAAUAUUGGACCCAAAGGUGAGGAGGGUGAGAUAGGGCCCCCAGGCCCGGCAGGGUAUGGUAGUCCUGGACGCCCAGGACCUUCCGGACCUCCUGGGAUGCCAGGGAAAGCGGGUGAGCGAGGUUUUGGCCCCAUGGGGCUGAAAGGCCGCCCGGGAGCCCAAGGGGAGGACGGUCCUCCUGGGCCUGUUGGCGACCCGGGGCCCACUGGCUUCUCAGGCCCUCCAGGAGAGUCCGGAAGAGAUGGUACCCCUGGAGAACCAGGGUCUCCUGGUGGAAGUGGACCAGACGGUCCAAAAGGUUAUUCUGGGAACUGUACGUUUGGAGGCCCAGGACAGGGAGGAGUGACUGGUCCCAGGGGUCCUCCAGGUGCCCCAGGUCUACAAGGAGAACCAGGUGAUACAGGGUUUCCUGGUCCACCAGGCCGGGGUAUACCGGGGAACCAGGGCCCGUUUGGAAUCCCAGGGUUUCCUGGAGCACCUGGUCUCAAAGGUGCGACUGGACUUAAGGGCUUCAAGGGUGAAGAUGGCAUACAAGGAAAAGCAGGUCAUCGGGGAAACCAAGGAAGUCCAGGCCCAGUUGGGCCACCGGGACCGAGUGGCAACCCUGGGCAAGAUGGGCCACCUGGGCCUCGAGGACAGCCUGGUAUCGAUGGCGCUAUUGGACCCCCAGGUCUCCGAGGUCCACGUGGAGACAUGGGGCCUCCAGGAUCCAAAGGGGAGAACCGGACUGUGCCUAUGCCUGGGGACAAAGGAGACCCAGGGCCAACAGGUCCUCCUGGUGCCACUGGAGACAGAGGUGUGCCUGGCUCUGUGGGAUUCGAUGGAAUCAAUGGCAAAAAUGGGUCACCAGGAAGCACUGGCCCACCAGGUCCCGUUGGCGAUCCCGGUGCAGACGGCUUACUGGGACCUCCCGGUGUAAAUGGAGAUCGUGGAUCUCCAGGACUAAUUGGUUUUCCAGGUUUGAAGGGACAAAAAGGUGAAAAAGGCUCUUCGGGCUCAGAGGGACCUGCAGGAGUUCCAGGAGCCAAGGGAGCCAAAGGCCCCAAGGGAAAUGCAAGCCCACUUGGAGAAGGUUCUAAGGGCGCUCAAGGACCAAGGGGGGAGCCGGGGAACUUCGGCGGGAAGGGGAUCAGAGGCCCCAAGGGCCCUUCAGGGGAAUCCGGUAAUCAUGGCUUCAAAGGGUUCACUGGAGAGAGAGGUGUUUCUGGGCUACCAGGAUUGCCAGGUCCUCCAGGACGCGGAGGAGAGAAGGGCAGCGAUGGCCUUCAAGGUCCUCGCGGCCUUCCGGGACCAGGUGGCCUCCCAGGGACGGACGGCCGGCCAGGGGACCCAGGCCCUCCGGGGGUCAGAGGGAACCAAGGCAGGGAUGGGAUUCCAGGACCAGCAGGAGAGAAGGGAGAUAUAGGAGCGUCUGAAUAUGGCCCCCCAGGACCACCGGGACCAAAGGGGAUAAAAGGUAUGAUGGGAGAUGUGGGUUUUCCAGGCCCCUAUGGUCCCCUUGGGCCAUGGGGUGAAGUAGGAGACACAGGACCCCCAGGACUAGUGGGCCCCCAGGGGCCACCCGGCCCUCCAGGCAUUGAAGGGCGCUGUGUGGAUGGCCCCAAAGGAGACAGGGGCCCCUGUGGACCACAUGGACCUUCAGGACCAAAGGGCUUAAAGGGUCCCAGGGGGCCCCCAGGACCUGGCCUUAAUGGAGACAAGGGGGACAAGGGCUACCCAGGACUGCCAGGUUAUCCCGGAUACAAAGGAGACACCGGACAGCCAGGCAUAGCAGGAUUACCGGGACCCCCAGGGUUUAAUGGAGAUAAAGGUGCCAUGGGGCGAGAAGGUGGUCAGGGACCAACUGGUCAGAAAGGAGUCGCUGGAGCUACAGGACAACUAGGAUGUGCUGGACAAAAAGGAGAGCCUGGACCUAAAGGACUUCCAGGACCAAGUGUGAACAAUCCAGUGAUUCUGGUGCCAGGAGACCCAGGUCAACCUGGACUCCUAGGACGAAAGGGUGAAGCAGGGAGACCUGGAGAAGCGGGACAGAAUGGACGGCCAGGACCGAGCGGUGCGAAAGGCUUCCAAGGUAGAAUAGGAUUCCAGGGUCUGCCUGGAUAUCCAGGGCAAAAAGGAGAUAGAGGAUUUCCAGGCACGCAAGGUCCUCCGGGCUACCCGGGCAGUAAGGGUCAGAAAGGUAUUAAGGGGACCCGUGGCCUGGUGAAUGGAGGUGUGGCUGGUGACGGCUUCCUGUUCACCCACCACAGUCAGAAGGACACAAACCCAUGCUGCCCUGCCGGCACCAAGCAGCUCUACGUUGGCUACUCGCUGCUCUUCAUCAAUGGCAACAACAGAGGGCAUGGACAAGAUCUAGGUACCAUGGGCAGCUGUCUGAUGCGCUUUUCCAGCAUGCCUUUCCUUUUCUGCAAUACGGACAACACAUGUCGCUACGCCUCUCGAAACGACUACUCCUACUGGCUCUCCACUGACCAUCCAAUGCCCAGUGACAUGGCCCUAAUCUCUGGCUCUGAACUGGAGAAAUACGUAAGCAGGUGUGUUGUGUGUGAGGCCAGGGCAAACAUCAUCGCUGUGCACAGCCAGAUGAGCCUGGUCCCAGACUGCCCUCGUGGUUGGCUCUCCCUGUGGCAGGGAUACUCUUUUGUCAUGCAAUUGGGCGCUGGAGCUGAAGGGUCAGGGCAGCCCCUGGCGUCCCCUGGCUCUUGCCUGGAGCACUUCCGCAGGAUCCCCUUCAUCGAGUGCCACGGCCGCGGCACCUGCAACUACUACACCGACUCCUACAGUUAUUGGCUGGCAUCUCUGAACCCCAACAGCAUGUUCAGUAAACCAUCUCCACAGACAGUGAAGGACACCCCUGGCAACCUCAUUGGCCGCUGUCGAGUCUGCAUGAAGAACUAGACCAGGGCCAGAGGGCAGAGGCACUGCCCUCUGUAACAGACUUACACACACAUGAUCCUGGCACCCCAUCAUCAGUGCCUUCCGUCAUGCAACAUGAAGAUGGACUCGCGUGACCCAGUGGUGCUAAAUGUGACGAACUAGCUGAUGAUCAGCUCUCUGAGUUCAAACACUGGUUUCUUUCUUCUCGGUCUUUCUUUUUUUUUCUCGGCCUUUGGUCUUGAUCUUUUGCCUUCUCUGCUUUUUUUGUACUCCUUCAGUCAAACUAUUAGAGCAUUAACAGUACAGUAUGCAGCUAGUUAAGUUGUAGAUGUCAUUGGUACUUUUUUUAGCGCUUCUGAAAGUAUACAAAACAAAUAGAAUACAGCAUCAUGGAACCACACUUUUCAUACAUUUUGAUUGCUUCUCUUGCUUUGGCUCUUAAAGGUUGUAUCAGCGAUUUCAGGCCCAAAAAAGGCCCAAACAUAAAUGAUCACAUUCAUCUAAUCUUCGAUAACGAUCCACUAGCUGAAACUAGCAUCUCAUCGGGUAUUGGUUGAAACACUUUAUUAUGAAACACUUUAUUAUAAGCGGCGGUCAUAUAGGUUUAG